AUGCCACGGACUCGUAAAAAUUCCUCAGAUUGUUUUUGCUACAUUUGUGGGGAAUACAUACUAAAAACACAACGACAUUUCAUGAUCGAUCUGGUUAAAACAGCUUAUAAGCUAUACUUUGGAUUUUCCAUCGAUGAGCGAGAUAAAGGUUGGUUGCCAAAAGUAUAUAGCUGCUCAAGAACGUUGAGAGGUUGGCUUGAAGAAAGUCACAAAUCCAUGCCGUUUUCAAUGCCAAUGAUUUGGAGUGAGCCUCAAAACCAUGAGAAUGAUUGUUAUUUCUGCACGACAUCUACACGAGGAUUCUCGAAAAAAAAUAGAGGUGAACGUCCAUAUCCAAUCGUUUGUGGUAGAUCGACGAAAGGAAAUGUCUCAAAUAUUCACUGCUUGCUGGGCGAUCGAUCAGGGUUGUCAAACUUUGCUCACAAAACGCGUCAACAUCCUGGGACCUCGAUGAUUGAUCGUCCGUUUUCGCCCGCGUUGACUUUUUACUGCUCGAAGACGAUUCAGAUUGUCGAUUCGUGUCGAAAUAAGAGCCCGCCUGACCGACGUAAACAGAAGGCAAUCACCUCAACUGUUUUCAAGACGUUACAGCAAGGGCUUCCAUAUAUUACCAUACAUUUAAUCGGAUGGCGUUCUUAUUUUUUGUCGCUGAAGAGCAGGGCCUUAAGCCAAUACACGCCCGCGCCCGCUCCGCCGCUGCCCGGGUCCCUCCACGAAGCCGACAAUGUCACGAUGUCUCUUCUGCUCGUCGAGGGGCCCCGAGACGUCACCGUAGCGAGAGGACAAGACGCCGUCUUCCGCUGCGUCGCCCACUCGUCGCAAGGCAGGCCGACGGUCACGUGGUAUCACGAGGGACGACCUCUGCCGCCCGAAGGCGACCGUUGGAACGCGGAAACGGCCGAACUGCCAUCCGAAAAUGACCGAUGGCUGGCCGUGGCUGCGGUUCUGCGGGUACCGCGCGUCACCGGCGGCAAAAGGGCAGCCGACGGAGCGGCGGGGAAUUACAGCUGUUUGGUGAAGAACGACGUCGGCGCCCUUUUGUCCGGCACUGCCAGGUUGAGAGUCGCGUCUAUCGAUAAAGAAGUUCUCGUCUCCGAUAACAAAACAGUCUACGAAUCGCAACCGUUGCUGUUGCAGUGCAGUAUUCAUUCUACCCCGCCCGCAGGGUUGGGGUGGGAGCACGACCAACUACCUCUACCAAAAGACGAAAGAUAUGUUCCUUUGCCCAACGGCACAUUGUUAAUAAGAAGUACCAAACUCUCGGAUUCGGGAAACUAUAGAUGCGUGGCCGAAAACGAGUUACUCAACAAGACGAAAGUUAGCAGGAAAGUCGCGGUGCAAGUUUUGCCGAGACUAAAAUCGUCCGUCGGGCCUGCCUUCCCGCGAUCGGAUUCCCCUCUGAACAGAACCGUUCUGAUCGGUGAUACCGUCGACUUCGUUUGCGUCGCCACCGGCUUCCCGCUACCCACGGUGCAAUGGUUUACCGGCGACAACGUUUUCCUCGCUAACUCCUCCAACCUGACGAUAACCAACGCAAACCCGGCCUCGGCGGGCGCCUACAAGUGCGUCGCGUCCAACUCCGAAGGUCAAACGAGUCAAACCUACCACCUGGACGUUUAUCAGAAACCCUACUUUAACGUCACACCUUCGUCGAAGUCGUCACCGUCGGCGAAAACGAUCAGACUCGAUUGCCAGGCACGGGGCGUACCCCAGCCGAGAGUAUACUGGUUGAAAGACGGCGAGCCCAUCAAUAUCGGGGGUAGGAUCAAGAAGCAAUGGAGCGGGUUGAUAUUUAGUCACACGUUCACGUACGAUUCGGGCAUCUACCAGUGCGUCGCGGUCAACGCCGUGGGCAAAGCUUGGACGGCCGCUCAGAUCAAAAUCAACAAAUCUCAGAACCCGAACCCGCCGGAGAACGUCAAGUGUAGGCCGUUCGAUUCGGGAACCGUGUGCCUCACCUGGAGGAAUCCUUCGAACGUUACUGUGCAGGCUUACAGUAUAUCAUCGUUUUUAUCGGACGACGAGUCGGAGGGGCCAGAUUACGUCACAACCAACACUUAUCAGCUGGCCGACGGCCUCAGAGAUGGUACGAACUACACGUUCUACGUGAGGCUGUAUUCGACUGUCGCGAGUGAUCAGUCUGAGAGGGUCACCUGUUCAACGGGUGUCAAGGGAAGCCGUAACCUGGACGCGGAGGCGGUUACCGGGACGUCGGUGAGCUUAGAGUGGGACCAACUGAGCUCCGACACGUUAUGUAACGGCACCAGGCAGUUUUAUAAAGUCUACUGGCGCAAGGACGGCGAGGAGCUCGAAUCUGUAGGCAAAACCCUCGACCGGAAGUACGUCAUCACGGGAUUGACGCCAUCUACCGACUACCAGUUCAGGGUUACCACCGAGAACAACCCCCGCGAGGAACAAUGGCUUACGUAUAGAUUGGCGGAUGCGCCAGGCAACGGUACCGACGUGGAGGACGACGUGUUGGGCGCACCUCUCCACCUGCAGGGCGACGCCUCCUCUUCGUCGAGCGUUCGGUUGUCGUGGGACACGAUGCCGAACGCCAAGUACUAUUCCGUGUGCUACUGGAUGGUGGGGGAGAAAAGCGACUGCAAAAGAAACGACUUCGUUAAGAGUUACUCGUGGAAGCUGACGAUGUCGAAACUCAAAUCCAACACCCGGUACGCGUUUAGAGUGAGAGCCCACGAUUUUAACAAUGUACCUGGAAAGUUCUCCGAACCUGUCGAGGUUCGAACGCUAGCGGAUGUGCCUUCCUCAGUCUUAAACCUGCAGUACAAAACUAUAAACGCGUCAGCGGCGUGCAUAUCCUGGUGGCCGCCGGAGCGUCGCAACGGCGAGCUGAGGAACUACGUCGUUUCGUAUUCGCCGGACCCCAACUGGCCGCUAGAGAAGUGGGUUGAAUUCGGCGUACCGUUGCGCCCGAUAAAAACGCAAAAGUGCGGCGACGAAGGUUCGGUAUCGACGAUUUUGACGAACCUAUCGACCGGGUACGAGUACAUGCUGAUGGUCAGGGCGGCGAACGACUUCGGCAUCGGCAAGCCGGUGCUGCCCGUGAUCAUAAAAACCAACCCCGACCUGGACGACAACAAAAGUAACAUGACUGAACAGGCGGCCGCGUUCACCAAUCACAAAAUCGGCGUGAUAUUGGGCGUUAUACUGGCCCUUGUCUGCAUCCUUGCUUGCGUGGUGAUGAUUUUUUUGCGCAAACGCUGUUUGAAACGUCGUGCUCUGGGCCAUGGUCGAUUGACUGUGUCUUCAAAUUAUCAUCCAGCCGCGGCUCACUACACCAGCCAGCUGGGUUCGGUCCAGGUGAGGAUGGAGGAACCCUGUACCACCGAGUCGCACGAAAUAGAGCGGCUGGUUCCCGAAGACAGGUCGUCGUCUCAUAUACCACCGGAAGUGCCGGAACAUCUCGAUACGAAGGGUACGCAAGACUUCCCGAAUGGUCACCUAAACGGAUGCCACAAACCCGCUCGCCACCAGAACGGAAACAUCCCCAACGGUCUCGUGAACAUCACCGAGAAUCCACAAUAUUACGCGACGGAGCGUGACGUCAAAAAGGACUCCGGGUCGCUUCUGGACCGUUACGAGGAGGACUCAAACUCGAACGUCAAAUCGUCCAAGUUCUGGGAUCUGUACCGCUUCUUCGAGUCGCCGAAGGCAAAGGACGAUCCCCUGAACGCGACGACGCUAACAUCUCUCGACGAUUCGCUUCUCAGCCGUCAGAGGUCGUCGCCGAUUCUCGAACCCAACGGGUGACGUCAUGCGUCCGUCACACACACACACAUACACACACCUAGAAAGAUUUUUCUCUUACACCACCAACACACCCAUCGCCUUAACAGUAGUUAGAGAAAUUGAUGGAGGAGAUAAGAAUCGAUACGACUGAUUUUUACAAUAAUUUUUUACGAACAGACGUUCGUCGCGGCCAUCUUGGGCGUCGUGCCGCCUCGCCCCCGAAGAGUACAAAGCUGGUAUUACGGUAUAUUUUAAAAGACAACUGGGGCGGCUGUACGCGAUCGCCCGGAGCGGGGAUACGCGGAAUCGGGAUAUAAAAGUGCGAUUAAACAAAAAAUUAAAUCCCACGUGAAAUUCUAAUCAUAAUUUUUGUCCGGAUUUACGGAGAUUUAUUUGUCGACAUUUUCAGUUUUGUUCGGCUGGUUGCCGAGGACGUGACAAAUUUUACUUCAAAUAAUAGCGUCUUUUGCGGAGGCUGCGGGUAGUUCAGACGUACCGGAACUUAUCCGCGGCUUCCCCUGUCGCUAAGCGCGAGUAGUUCAAACGUACCGGAAGCUAUCCGCGGCUUAUACCGGGUUGCUAAGCGCGAGUAGUUCAAACGCGCCGGAUCUUGUUUCCCGCCGAUUUCGCUGCUAUUUCCGCUCCGCGACUUGCUCAAUUUUCAAUAGCUAUCGUGUUUCGGACACGUGACCGUUUCGUGUACCACCCGAGCGACCUCCUUGUGACGUCGUUUUUUUUUUUCUCGCAUCUUUGAUUUGCCGGUAAAAUCGAAAUACUUCUUGAACGAAUCGUACCUGACCCGUAAUAAUAUAUAUAUAUAUAUAUAUAUAUAUAUAUAUAUAUAUAUAUAUAUAUAUAUAUAUAUAUAUAUAUAUAUAUAUAUAUAUAUAUAUAUAUAUAUAUAUAUAAAUUAUACUAUAUAAUUAAUUAUUAAGGAGGACACUUUGUAUAGUAACUUAAGGUCUGAUGCGUGCGAGAGAGAGAGAGAGAGAGAGGGACAAUGUGUGUGUUAAGAGUUAACGAUGUUACGUGUUGAAAAUUAUCAACUAUAGCUACAAUGUUGAUUGUUCGAACAUAUAUUUGUCGUUACCACCUGUUCACGGACGGUUGUUGAAGCCCUUCGAACCAAAGUAACUGUUUUUGAGAAGUAUUUGGCAGGCUGGGGCUUUCAACGAACCGCUCAGUGAAUUUAAAGGACGCCCCCACAUAUUCGGAAAAUCUAUCCAAAGACGAUUGCUGACGCCUGGUGUACCUCCAGGGGGCGCCUUUUCACGCGUGUACAAAAAUCAAAAUCCACAACGACUUUUUCGCGUACUGUUUUUAAUGUUAUAAGUGUAUCCGCUCAAGCGACGUUAAAUCUGCUCGUUUAUGGCGGCUUCGCCCGCCUUGAAAGGUUGACAUACUUAAUUAAUGUUCAGGGUCGUUAAACUAUAUAUAUGUAUAUCGGUUAAUUAUUACCUCACGUUUACAUUCCUCAUAAUCGAAAAUGUUAAGUAUUAAACCAGGGGCGGCUUAACUGAGUUACCUUUUUUUGUUUCUACGUCAGUUUUCGCGAGAGACCCUCAAAUUGUUUAAACAUUCCGCGUGUACAAAAAAGUUUUACGAGAGCAAUAGUUAUAUCAGCGAUCCUAAUAUAUUGAAUUAUUUAUGUUUGUUGUUAACUUAUUUUACUGCGCAUACCUGUGUAUACAAUAGUUGCCACUUAACUCGACUGUCUCCCGUCAGGACCCGGGACGCUAUUUUAAUAUAGGGUGUCGCGAAAAAGUCUGUCAAUAGUAAUAUUUCGAGGCGCUGCGUUCUUUUUUCAUUUAUUUCAUUUCUGCCUUAUCGCGACAUCUGUCGGUUAAAAUUGCAACUUUCAUUUGACAGAAUCAAGGAAAAGAAAAACCAAAGAAAAUAAAUAAGAAUUAAAAGUUCAGAUUUUCACGAAAUUAUAUAUUAAAGACACGGUGUUGUCGAAACAAUUGUCAUGUCAAAAUAUAUAAUUUCGUGAAAAUCUGAACUUUUGGUUCUUAUUUAUUUACAUAAAUGGAUUUUCAUCAAGUAAAAGCCACCUCAGUUCAAUUUUUUGGAAAAACUAAAGUAUUAGGGAGCCAGGGAGGAAGACGAGCUUCCACACAUGUGUGAACUAAAGAUGUCUUGAUAUAAUUAACCAGUAGCUUUGAAAAUGUAAACUUUUGCAACCCUAGUUCCCGGAUUGACCUACUUUUUCACCCACCCAUAUAUUUCUUCGUCCUUGCGUAUAAAAAAAAUGUCUUCUAGUUACCAACAAGACUUUGUUUGUUUUAUUAUUAUUUUUAGACUUCUCUUGAUCAUGACAUUAACCACCAUCCUCGUUCCUAUUCUGUAUGUUGUUCUCGCGUUUCGAGGGCCGACAUACGUCCGUAGGAUACUUAUUUUCUUUUAAGCGUAUAAGAACGUCUACCUCAUUAAACGUAUUUAGUUUGUAUAAGAAGUAUUGUCCUAAUUAUUAUUAAUCCUGUUUUGUGUAAGAUAUUUCCUUUGGCGAUAUUUUUCGUCUCUCAGGGCAACACGAUAUAGGCAUAUGUGGCGGCUACGCUUACCGGGCGUGGUAUUUUCACGGUAUAUUCGAGGUGACGUCACAUGCGGUGCCCAUAAAGUCGGCCACUCGCCGAACGCGAUACCAACCGCCGUCGUUUUUGCUUGGGCGAGUCCAAAAUCUGCUAUUCGCAUUUUCAGUGGCGUCGCUUCGAACUCGUCAUAAAAGCAUGGUGUGUUUUCAAAGUUAGUCGUAUGUUUGACUAGUACGGUGGUUUUAAGUAUGCGAGAGUCUGGUCUCUUUAGUAUAGGAAAAGAAAAAACGAACAUAGUUUUAUGUUUUUUUUUGUUUU